CUGGGAUUGGUUAUGUUACAAAGGUGAGUCUCUUCACAUUCUGGAGUGAACGUAGUCAAUUCAUGCAUUGCAUCAGCGUUCUGAUAUUGCUCGUCUCCUGUUUAACUAUGUUCUGUCCGUUCGACGACCAGAUUUUUUCGAUGCCAGCUUUGUUGACCCUGCAGAUGCAUCCUCUGCAAUGUUUAGGACAAGUACAUCGUCCAUUUCCCCCUGCAGCGCUGGUGUCAGUCUUGUAUAGAUUCCAGUACUUAGUCUUGAAUCAAACAAAAAGUUUAGAAGAGUCUUCCCCAAAAGCGGAAGCGUGAAGUCUG